AUGACCCACCCACUUGCCAUUCUCUCACAGAGGGAGACGAACAUUGCUCGUGAUGUUGUCCGAGAGUGCCACCCAGGAACAGUUAUCGAUUUCCGAGAAAUAUUCCUGAACGAGCCCCCAAAGGCUGAGCUGGUGGAAUUUCUGGCCAUCGAACACGCUGGACGGUUGACUCCAACAACUCCGCGCCCCCCUCGAAGAGCUCUAUGUCAGUACGAUGUAAUUGGCGAGGACCGGAUACCACAGUUCCACGAAUCCAUCGUCGAUGUGGUGAGCCGUCGCCGUGUCAAGCACACCGUUGUUGGCAAACAACAUCAUGCCAGUUUGACUUUGAGCGAGUUUGACGUUUUGGUCGAUCGAUGUAUGAACUCGCCGCUAUUUCAAUCUGCUUUGGCAGACUUUCGUCUACCGGACGGCUUUGAAGUCGUGAUUGAACCAUGGCCCUAUGGCGGGCUCGACGAGACCGAAGAAAACCGGCGCUACUUCCAGGGCCUUUGUUUCGCCAGAGAUACUCGAUCAGGCAAUGCUGACACGAAUUUCUACUCAUACCCCUUGCCUCUGAUCCCGGUCAUGGAUGCGCACACUCAAGAAAUCAUUCGCGUUGAUCGACCAGCCACUGGCGGAAAGGGUGACGGGUUAACCGAGCAGACGUUCAAGACCGAUAUCAUCGGUCAUUGCAAACCAUCGGAGUAUGUGCCUGAGCUGCUACCAGAGGGAACAAGAAAGGAUCUGAAGCCUUUGAAUGUGCUGCAACCGGAAGGACCGUCAUUCAAAGUGACGGACGAAUCACUGGUCGAGUGGCAGCGAUGGCGCUUUCGGGUGGCAUUCAACCCCCGUGAAGGCGCCACAAUUCAUGACGUCUGGUACGACGGCCGAAGUGUGAUGUAUCGGUUGGCCAUUAGCGAAAUGACCGUGCCAUACGCCGAUCCUCGGCCACCAUUUCACCGGAAGCAGGCCUUCGAUUUUGGUGAUGGGGGCGGAGGCAACAUGGCAAACAACUUGUCGCUCGGUUGCGACUGUCUCGGUGUGAUCAAAUACUUUGACGCGGUGAUCACGAAUGCGGACGGCUCUGCCCAGAAGCUACCCAAUGCCAUCUGCUUGCAUGAACAGGACAAUGGAAUUGGAUGGAAACACUCUAACUGGCGUACUGGCCGGGCAGUAGUCACAAGACACCGCGAACUAGUCAUCCAGUUCAUCAUCACUUUGGCCAACUACGAAUACAUCUUCGCAUACAAGUUCGACCAAGCGGGCGGCAUUACCGUUGAAUCUCGGGCAACUGGUAUUCUCAACGUCGUCAACAUUGACUCUGGCAAGGCUAGCGAGUACGGGAACGUCGUCAGCGGUGGUGUCCUUGCGCAAAAUCACCAGCACAUUUUCUGUGUACGAAUGGAUCCGGCGGUCGAUGGAGUGAACAAUUCAGUCGUGGUUGAAGAGUCCCACCCCGUGCCUUUGAAUGUGACGACCAAUCCACAUGGAAAUCUAUACCGGGUCAUCAAGAAGACGGUGGAUCAAGCUACAUUCAUGGACGCUGACCCCAAGAUUAAUCGAACAAUCAAGAUGAUCAACCCCCACAAACUCAACCCGAUCAGUGGGAAUCCGGUCGGUUACAAGUUCAUCCCCAUGGCGACCCAGUUACUGUUGGCCGACUCGAGAUCUGUGCAGGCUCGCCGGGCCCAGUUUGCUCAGCACCAUGUGUGGGUGACCAAGCAUCGCGAUGAUGAACUAUACGCCGGUGGACGCUAUACUUUGCAAAGCCAGAAAGAGGUCGACGGAGUGGCUGAUGCGGUGCUUCGUGGAGAUUCCGUGUCAGACACGGACGUGGUUGUCUGGUGUACCUUUGGCAUCACUCACAACCCGCGAGUGGAAGACUGGCCGGUGAUGCCCGUCGAGAUCAUGCAGCUGACGAUCCGUCCAGCCGACUUUUUUGUGGCAAAUCCAGCAAUUGACGUGCCGUCAAGUCGGAACGUCUCCUCUCAGCUAGUUGACUCGAAAUGUUGUCGAGAAGCCCGUAUCUAG